CGGCUCCGGCUGGGGGCGAGCAGACCUCGAGCAGCCGACGGAGCUGCCGGGUCUCUUUUGGCUGCUGCUACCUCCGCUUCCCAACUCUCAGGGCCGCGGGACAGGGACGAGAGUUGUAUUGGAAGGGCACGGCCCUUCCCACCCAAGCAGCAGUAAUGUCGACUUCGGCGGCGAUUUAUCUGCUGUCCACCUUGGGGGGCUAUGUGAUGACCUCGUUCCUGCUGCUCAAGUACCCGACUCUGCUACACCAGAGGAAGAAGCAGCGAUUCCUCAGUAAACACAUCUCUCACCGCGGAGGUGCUGGAGAGAACUUGGAGAACACAAUGGCAGCCUUUCGACAUGCAGUUAAUAUGGGAACUGAUAUGUUGGAACUAGAUUGCCAUAUCACAAAAGAUGAACAAGUGGUCGUAUCCCACGAUGGGAAUCUGAAGAGAUCAACUGGAGUAAAUGUGAACAUUUCUGACCUGAAGUACUGUGAACUCCCCCCUUACCUUGGCAAAUUGGAGGUAACAUUUCAAAAAGGAAGCCAAAGUGAAGGAGAAGACAAACGAAUUCCAUUACUGAAGGAAGUUUUUGAGGCUUUUCCUCACACCCCAGUAAACAUUGAUAUCAAAGUCAACAACAAUCUGCUGAUUAAGAAGGUUUCAGAGUUGGUAACUCAGUAUAAACGAGAACACUUGACAGUGUGGGGCAAUGCCAAAUAUGAAAUUGUAGAAAAGUGUCACAAAGAGAAUUCAGAUAUCCCCAUUCUCUUCAGUCUACAACGUGUUCUGCUCAUUCUUGGCCUAUUCUACACUGGCCUCUUGCCUUUUGUGCCCAUCUGUGAGCAGUUUUUUGAAAUUCCAAUGCCUUCUAUAAUAUUGAAACUAAAGGAACCACAGAGCAUAUCGAGGAGUCAAAAAUUUCUCAUCUGGCUGGCUGAUAGGUUGCUAAUGAGGAAAGCCUUAUUUGAUCACCUCACUGCCCGAGGCAUUCAGGUAUAUGUGUGGGUACUAAAUGAAGAGAAUGAAUACAAAAAAGCUUUUGAUUUGGGAGCAACUGGGGUGAUGACAGACUAUCCAACAAAGCUUAAAGAAUUUUUAUAUAAUUAUACAUAAGUCAACCUAAACAUUCGAAGAAGACUAAGGAAUAUUCUUUUUUCAGCAUCAUAUAAAUAAGCCGUUUUCAGAAUGAUAAAAGAUGUAAUCAAUUGAGUUUCAUUACCUCAUUUUAAAGCCUGAUUCAUAAUGUAGAAACUGUAAUGUAUAUUUAUUUUAAAAUAUAUCCCAGAUUUUACAUAAUUGGUUUAGAAAGUUAAUAUUGAUAGAGAUAGGGCAGAUAAAAGAUGAAUAGUGGAUCAAGAUUUCUAUAUCUAUUGUGGAUCAAGAUUUUUGCAUUUUUCUGUACUUCAAGCAAUUUUCAAAUCAAAGACUACCACUAACAGAUGAGGUAAAAUCCAGGACUUUGAGAGAUCAUAGCCUUCAUUGGCUGAGAUCAGUUAAUCAGUAAAAAUUAUUGAAAAACUGCAGCUAUUCUUAAGUUGGCUCUUUAUUUCUGGACAUAUUGCUGGCCUGCACAGUGAAAAAAAAAAAAAAAAAAACAGAGAAGCAGUUAAAAAAGAAAAAAAAAUCAAACAAUGAUGUGUGGUUAUCUGACAGGACACAUACUGUGAUUAGUAGUGAGUCUCAUAGAAAUAAAUAACCAUCACUUAACCAGAAACAAAA